AUGAAUGUGGAUCUUGAUCCGUUUGAAACAGUUCAAGAGACUCAAUUCUUUUCUCAACUUCAACCGUACUUUCAAUCCCAACCACGUCGCCUACUCGACGAGUCAACCGAUUCUUUUGAUAAAGGCUAUGUUGAAGAUCUCAUUCAAGAAUUGUACCAAGAGCUCGAAGUCGAACCACAAGCACAAAAAAAUGGAAAAGGGAGGGCUCGGUGUACAGGGUGGACGGAUGAUGAAGAGAGGUGGAGGGCCACCAACCGAUCCGCUAUGGAAUUCAACGACAUCAACAUGAACGCAGUCAGAACCCCCCAAAGCGGUGCAACUAAGGUGAAUGUCAUGGCUAAAGUUCAAAAGAUUUACAAGGCGAAGGUCGGAAAAGCUUUUGCCAAUGAGUCGUUUUGGAGAGUUGUGAAUGAUGGGUUUUAUACAUAG